GCUGGAGGGCGACAGAUUCAUUGUCUGAUGGAGAGAGAAGGAGGGAGAACGUUUUGAAGACCAAGGGCUGGCGAAUACAGAUGUAUGUGUAGAUAGGGAGCGAGACAGAGAGGAAAGGAAAUUAAUAAUACUCUUUUUUUAAAAAAUGUGCUACCUGUGACUUAAGCAGUCUCCAAUGGUACAAAACAGCAUGUCCAGAACACCUUCAACUUCCCACGAGAUACAGAUGGCUGUAUUUGACAAUCCACCGAUACAGGGAAAGUAUGCCAAAAGGAAAAGUCGUUUCAAACGCUCCGAUGGUAGCACAUCCUCAGAUACAACAUCCAACAGCUUUGUUAGACAGGGUUCAGCUGACUCUUACACCAGCCGUCCAUCAGAUUCCGACAUCUCUCUAGAGGAGGACAGGGAGGCACUACGCAAGGAAGCUGAGCAACAGGCUUUGGCACAACUUGAGAAGGCAAAGACCAAGCCUGUUGCAUUUGCCGUUCGAACAAAUGUUGGCUACAAUCCCACCCAGAACGAUGAAGUCCCUGUGCAAGGCAUGGCCAUUUCCUUCGAGUCCAAAGACUUUCUACAUAUCAAAGAAAAAUAUAACAAUGACUGGUGGAUAGGACGACUGGUGAAAGAAGGAUGCGAGGUUGGAUUUAUUCCAAGCCCAGUAAAGUUGGAGAAUAUCAGACUACAACAGGAGCAGAAGAUGAGACAAGGACGACUUUCAAGCAAAUCUGGUGGAAACUCCAGUUCUAGUUUAGGAGAUGUUCCAGGAACCAGGAGACCCACACCUCCUGCAACUGGAUAUGCGGACUUGUCUAAUUUAGCUUUUGAUGUAGAUGCCAUUGACUUAGAUGCAGAAGAGAGCGAUUCCCAAACCAACCAUCGGUCCCCUAAAACAAGCGUUAGCAGUGUAACGACUCCCCCGUCCAACGCAAAACGAAUCCCAUUUUUUAAGAAGCAAGAGAAUGUGCCUCCCUAUGAUGUUGUGCCAUCCAUGAGACCAAUCAUACUAGUGGGUCCGUCUUUGAAAGGUUACGAGGUGACAGAUAUGAUGCAGAAAGCUCUGUUUGACUUUUUGAAACACAAGUUUGAUGGAAGAAUAUCAAUCACAAGAGUUACUGCUGACAUUUCGCUAGCCAAACGAUCAGUGUUGAACAACCCCAGCAAACACACAAUUAUUGAACGCUCCAGCACACGCUCCAGCCUGGAUGUACUGGCUGAAGUACAGAGUGAGAUUGAACGUAUUUUUGAAUUGGCUAGGACACUGCAGUUGGUGGCUCUUGAUGCAGAUACCAUAAACCAUCCUGCCCAACUUGCCAAAACGUCUCUGGCCCCAAUUAUUGUCUACAUAAAGAUUGCUUCACCCAAGGUUUUACAACGUCUUAUAAAGUCACGAGGGAAGUCCCAGGCCAAACACCUGAACGUACAGAUGGUGGCAUCAGACAAACUGGCCCAGUGUCCUCCGGAACUGUUUGACAUAAUCCUGGACGAGAAUCAAUUGGAAGAUGCUUGUGAGCACCUCGCUGAGUACCUUGAAGCCUAUUGGAAGGCCACCCACCCAGCCAGCUGCAACCCCCCCAACCCUCUUUUGAACCGCACCAUGGCAACGGCUGCCCUAGCUGCCAGUCCAGCACCAGUGUCCAACUUACAGGGUCCCUACUUAGUGCAUGGAGAGCAAAGCAUUGACUGUUCGGCUCCUGACUUGCAUGACUAUCGGAAUGACUCUACCAAACAGCCCUACCAUCGCUUGUCAUCCUCCACGCCUCAGUACAGCCACCACCCGCGGGCCAUGCCCCGGGGUCUCUCCCGCCAGGACACCUUUGACUUGGGGACACAGGGCAGCCGGGACUCGGCCUACACCGAGCCAGGGGACUCCUGCGUGGAAAUGGACCCUUACGACGACCCGGAGCUCUCGGAAGAGCCUCGGAGUACCGGUGCUCGCUGGUGCAGCAUCUCAAGGCAGCAGGUCCGGAGGCAAGAGUCCUGGGAGGAAGAGGAGGAGGAGGAGGAAGAGGAGAGGGACAACCUGAACAGACAGCAGAGGAACCGACUCAAAGCCAGAGAGCGCUACAGGCAAAACAACGAGGAGGUCCUAUCCCGGAAACAGAGCGAUAUGGAGGAGUGGAACCGUGAUGUGUACAUUUGCUAAAUUGUCUCCUGUUCUUCCCACCACUACCACCAUCCCCUCAACCUUUGGAGAGUUUUAUCUUGUCGUGCUGACUGUCAAUCCAAAAAAGAAUAAGAAUUUGGAGCAUUCCUCCUUCCCAGUCCCUCUCGAUCAUCGUCACCUCCCUCCUGUUGAUUGAUUUGAACAUUUUACGUAGGAGAGGGGAUUUUACAUUCAAUGCCACGUCUCCCCCUCCCUAUUUAUUUAUAGUGCCUCAGUACUGGGUCUGCAAAGGUAUCCGAACCAGAGAUGGCGUAUUGUUAACCCUUUAAAGGACUAACACUGUCGAUGAACACAUUUGAGUCUGUAUUUUGCAUUACAGCUACACCUCUAUUUGUUUUUUGCAACAACGUAACCAGCCAGUGGAUUGGUGGUAAUCGGAUUUUGAUCGCUAAAACGAGACAAAUCCACCCAACAGCCAAAGCCAUCUCACUUGUCUCACUGGAGCUUUUGUAGAUCUGUUUCUUUUUGGUAGAUCAGGGUGAUACGUUGCUGGGUGUGAAAUGUGUAAAAUCCUAUUAUAAACACGCAAGAAUGCAUGGAAGCAUGAAGUUAAAAGGUUGGAACCUUUUAAAAGUGGCUCACACAUGGACCACUUAUCCUAAGAGAAUGUGCCCUUUUAUUCACUCAUCCUUGUUUACAUGAAUUUACAAAUCAAGGGUGGUCUCAGAGGGAGGAGAGGGGAGCGAUGUUAUGUUGUCUGCUACACUGCUCUUUUUUUAAAUCCCAUUCUCUCUAUAUUUAAUGGGUAAUUAGUAGUACCUAUUUAUUAAGUCCCCUUUCACAAUGGCAAACCCUUCUCUCCCCAUUUCACCUCUCCCAAGUAAUUUUCGACAGGGAGGAGGUGAGUGAAGGAUUAUCUAAACAUGUGAAGCUACAUGUUUUUAACCAACCCUUUCAGACAUGUAUUACAGACCUUUAGGGCAGGUGGGACUUGAAUCAGCACCUUCUAGCCCAGAGUUUGGGACACUACCACGUUGCAACAAGAGCUCCAACUUGUUAUACUGUUGUUAAAGGGAGUAUUGUGUGGAAUCUAUUCCUUCCCUCCACAACAGUGCAGACUGUUUCAUUCAUUUAAGCAUUGACUGUACUGAUUAGGAAUGCUGCUGGAUUCUACAUUCAGACUGCAUGUACACCCUGCUGUGUCUGUCUGACCAUGUUGGUCAGUCAAUUGUUUACAAUCUCGGAGCUUGAAUUUGCAAAAGACACGGGCUGUCUUGCCACUUUGGGGGAAGCGAGUCGAAGCUAAAACUGGGAUUAUUAUUUUGCCGUGGCCAAGGCAUUCAGUGGGAUUGAGAGAGGGUCAGUGACUCACUUUGAAGGGGCUUCCCAGGUCACUGUCCUUUCAUUACAGCUAGCAUCUCCCAUUCGGGAAUGAUGGGCCAUCAGCCUUUGUUAGCCUGGGGGUGGGGGGAAGGGGUCUCUGAAGGGUAAUUUAUGCCAAAAUUUAAAAAUGCAUAGAGUAAUAAAUACUUGGAAGUGAUUUAAAAGGCAGUAAUGUAAUCAGGGGAUUAACAUGAUGCCCUAUAGCAGGGGAGAUGGAACAAAUGAACUGAGUUGGACACUUACCUUUGAGACUUGACCUUAAUCUAAACCAGACUCCUACCAUGAAAAUCUCCCUUUCCUGUUUACUAAAGGGACUAAAGUGUUUAGAAUAACUUUUAUCCAAUUCAUUGCAUUCAGGAGAGUUACCGCAAGGUUAUCUGUGAUUUAACUCUUAAAUAGAUGCAAAGUUGAUCUCUUCGCUAUUGAGUCAUGAAAAUAGCUCCUGGAAUGGAAUAAAGCUGGACACUGUUUCAGUACGGUGCAAAUAUUUGGUGGUUUGGGAUGAAAGUACGGGUCAGAUCAUAGGGAGCUUGAUUGUGCCAAAGCAAAGUAGAUGGUUAUGCACGGUGAGAGCCAGCUGCCAAAAUGGAAAUACUAAAAUAGUUGUCCAAAAACAAAUUAACAAAAACAGAAAAUGUGAAGCUCUAGGAAGUCAUUGCCCAGAUCCCAUAAUUAAAUAAUGGCCUUUAAAAUCACUCCCUAUUGUCUGACAUUGUUUAUAAUGAUAUACUGUUUGGAUUUUCUGUGGGAGGUUUGAUUUUGUUGCCGGUCAGACUGUGUGCUGGCAGUAACGCUCCUUGACCUUAAAGUCUGACAAAACCUAGAUCAGAGGAUUGAUGAUGAUCAUUGCUGCAGGCCUUGUGAGUAACUACCUGCAGUCAAUUUCUGAAAAAUUAUGUGUCCAGUAUAUAUUAUAAA